AGGCCAGCGUGGAUGACGAAAGGAGCAGGCGUCGGGGAGAAAAUGUUCGGGCAGACUGGGCAGGGCGACCAGGAGCUCUUGAAGCCUGGGCUCACGCGCGGCGAGCUCGAGAGGAUCGAGAAGGGCGGCCUCACCGAAGGCCCAGACCCCUUCGCGGAGCUCUUCGCGGAGCGCAAGGGCGCGAGCCAGGCCUCGCCCAUGGCCCCCCCGGCGAGCGCCAGCACCACGUUCAAGCGGGCCCCGCUGACGGACCAGAGCCAGAUGUUCUCCAGCGGCAAGUCCGACAACGUCGCCGGGGGCGCGCAGGGCCCCCCAGGCGGCAUGCCCCCGCCGCCCGACAUGGCGGCCGCGCCCCAGCAGCCCGGAGGCGGCGGCCAGUGGAGCGCCCCCUCCCCCGACGGCAUGGGCGCGGGCGGCGGCCAGUGGAGCGCCCCCUCCCCCGACGGCAUGGGCGCGGGCGGCGGCCAGUGGAGCGCGCCCUCCCCCGACGGCAUGGGCGCGGGCGGCGGCCAGUGGAGCGCCCCCUCCCCCGACGGCAUGGGCGCGGGCGGCGGCCAGUGGAGCGCCCCCUCCCCCGACGGCAUGGGCGCGGGCGGCGGCCAGUGGAGCGCGCCCUCCCCCGACGGCAUGGGCGCGGGCGGCGGCCAGUGGAGCGCGCCCUCCCCCGACGGCAUGGGCGCGGGCGGCGGCCAGUGGAGCGCCCCCUCCCCCGACGGCAUGCAGGGCAGCUCCGGGGCGCCGGGCGGGAUGUGGAGCGCGCCGUCGCCCGACGGCAUGGGCGCGGGCGGCGGCGGCGGCGGGCAGUGGGGCGGCGGGGCCGCUGGAUCCGCCCCGCCCGGGCUCCCGAGCGGGCUCGAGCCGGCGGGCCUGGGCGGCCCCAUCCUGUGA